AUUGGUUGAUUCGUCUUCACAUGGAUGUUGACCAUAGACAACAAGAGUGACCGCAAAUCAAUAUACUGUUGUUGUUCUAUUUAACCAAUGUACUACUGAUUGAUUUUAUAUGCCACGUAGUGUGCUGUGUUACUUGCCAAAUAUAGCUGCAUCUUUAGAUAGGUGAAAACAAAAAUGAGAUACACAUGUGUGCACCGUAUACAUUCAUAGUGUGCAUUCAUGAAGAACUAUAAAAAGGCUAAAUGUGAGAGAUUUAGGCGUAAAAUUAUUUAACAUUAAACAACACGCUUGAGAGGAUUUGGACCAUGGAAAGUUUAUUACUACAGGCAAUACUUAGCCUGCUACUCCUAUUAUCAAACAUCAGUGCAUUUGAUGAAUAUGAUCUGAAUUCAACAUUGGAUGCAUACGCAGGCUCUUACCAUCAAGUUUUGAAUGAUAAAUUUUUCAUGAUUGAGUUACAGACAAACGUAGAUCCCUUGAAUGCGGAAGAAAAGAUAAAACCUGAAAUUCUGAGACUUGAACAUUUAUAUCAAAGUAAAUGGGCGAAAGAAUUUCUGGAAUGUAAGUCCUGUCAUGCACGAACUAGAUUCCAUUAUGUUCGUGAGUCGAAAUGUGUGUUCAUUAGAUGCAUGCGUUUUCACUGAAAUUAAACGGAAUUGAUUAUGUUAUAUAUGACCAAACCAAGUUCACAUUUAACGGUUUGAAUUAAAAUGAAUCGCAGUGCUAUUGGAGAUGACCAUAG